ACUAUCAAGGAAUCAACUUUUUUGAAAGCUGCAUGGAUUCUUACCCUUCGUUGCUUCCACCCAGAGGUGACAAGCUUAAGUUUUGUUGAAGAACCGAUUCCGAGAUCCGAUCCCCCGAUUGCUUUCACUAUGCGAGUGAAUCCAGAUUGGGAUGUAUCGUCACUUCUCGAAGCUCUGGAGAUGAAAGGGUUCAGCAAAAUGACAAGGUCAUCACAGUCUUAUGGCGCUCAACUUUCAGAUAUCCCUCAGUCCCGCCACGUUUGUAAUUCAGCACUCAGAUACGUGACUAUUGCGGACCGGCUUUUGACUCCAUCGACUUCACUAGAUGAAAAGAUAGAGCUUGUCGUUGUUAAAAGCAAUGACCGGAUGAGCGCUAGAAUCAGGAACUCGGAAAAUAUCGCAGACUACUUAAACGACAGCAUGUUGUGGACUUUUUAA